CAAAUAAAAAAAUUAAAGUGUGUUCCUCUAUAAAUGGAAGGCGCCAUAGGUACCACUAAAUGCAUAGUCAGUGCAACAUACAAAAAAAAACAUAAGACGGGAGAUGAUCAGUUACAUAGUCACUCCAAUUCUGUAUAUUUUCCUUGUAAUCACUUUUAAGUAUUUAUUUUCAUUAAGAAAAAGAUUACCACUUCCCCCAGGUCCAUUCUCAUGGCCAUUGAUUGGAAAUAUAUUCCAAGUGGAUCGAAGACGUCCUCAUGCUUCCCUAUCAAAGCUAGCUCAAGCUCAUGCCCCUGAUUUAAUGUCCAUAAGGUUCGGCACACGACUCGUGGUUAUUGCAUCGUCCCCUGCAGCUGCUUCUGAGGUUCUCAAAACCAACGAUCGUAUGCUCUCUGGCCGCUACCUUUCUCCUCACAUCCGAGUCAAGGGAUCGAGACUUCACAAUUUAUCAACUGCAUUAUUAGAAGAGUGUGAUGAUUACUGGAAAAGUAUUCGAAAAAUAUAUAGGGCAGAGCUUUUCUCUACAAAAGCUCUGGAAUCGCAGUUAAGUAUGAGGGAGAAGAAAGUCGCGGAAAUGAUGCAUCAUUUGACUAUCAAACAAGGCCAAUCGAUUAAGAUCAGGGACGUGGUUUCUGUGACAUCUUUUAACGUAAUGGGCAAUUUGAUUCUUUCAACAGAUUUAAUUGAUUUUCAAGGUAAAGGCGUGGGCCAAAGAAUGAGAAAGUACGUGACCAGAUAUACAAAGUUGGCUGCCACUCCGCAGUUAGCAGAUUUGUAUCCUAUAUUGGGUUUUUUCAGUGGGGACUUCCAAGGAACAUAUAAGAAACUUAUGGUUUUGUUUGAUAAAAUUUGUGGUGUUUGGACCGGGAUUCUUCAGGACAGAAGAAAUAGAGACAGCCAAUUACCUUCUUUGGGUUCUAUAGAUUUUAUAGAUGCUAUGGUUAAAAACGGUUACACUGAUACACAGAUCAAUGCAUUGCUUGUGGAGACAUUUGGAGCUGGUACAGAAUCUACGACUGCUACAAGUGAAUGGAUGCUUGUCGAACUCCUAAGACAUCCACAAGCCUUACAAAAACUCAGGAAUGAAAUAGCAGAAGUAGUAGGAGGUAAGAAUAACGUUAUAAAGGAAGCUGACUUGCAAAACUUACCAUACUUGGAGGCUUGUUUCAAGGAGACAUUAAGGUUGCAUCCUCCUGGACCGCUGCUGCUCCCACACCGUGCUGUGCAAACAUGUGAAGUCAUGGGUUACAGAAUUCCAAAAGACACACAAGUGAUGGUAAAUAUGUGGGCAAUUGCGAGGGAUCCUAAGAAUUGGGGUGAUCCUUCAAGCUUCAAACCUGAAAGAUUUAUCAAUUCGAAAAUGGAUUACAUAGGGAGAUAUUUUGAGUAUAUCCCAUUUGGUUCUGGCAGGAGAAUGUGUGCUGGACAACCUUUGGCUUCCAGGUUUGUCCCCUUAGUUGUUGCUUCUUUGAUCCAUGGGUUUGAUUGGAUUCUGCCAAAUGACAUGGAUCCAGCUCAAAUUGACAUGGAUGAGAUCUUGGAUAUCACAAUGUUUAAGAAUGAUCCACUUCUUAUCAUUCCUACAUUAAGGAAAAGAGUAAGAGUAAGGAAAACAAAAUGAGGAUAUUGCAAAAUCCAUUAUCCCUACAUAGGUGUGUGAUUAUGUCAUUUUUUUUUUUUCCACCAACCCUCCAGUAGAUUCUCACUUAUCCUCAGCGUGACCAGAAUUCAUUGAUGGUGACGGCGCUCAACCACUAGAGCAAACCUCACGUGUCGGUGUGUGAUUAUGUCGUGCUAUUUCAUGUUGUUUAUCAAUUGUUCCAUAUCAAAUAAAGGUUACACAUUAAUGAAUCAAUGAAUUGUAUUUCUUGUUA